AUGGCCGCCCCAAGAGAAAAUGUCAAUUUAUUAUUCAAGUUAUACUGCUUGGCAGUGAUGACCCUGGUGGCCGCAGCUUACACCGUAGCUUUAAGAUACACAAGGACGUCAGAUAAAGAGCUCUACUUUUCAACCACAGCCGUGUGUAUCACAGAAGUGAUAAAGUUAUUGCUAAGUGUGGGCAUUUUAGCUAAGGAAACUGGUAAUCUGGGUAGACUCAGGGCGUCUUUGAGAGAGAAUGUCCUGGGGAGCCCCAAGGAGCUGAUGAAGCUGAGUGUGCCUUCCGUGGUGUACGCCGUCCAGAACAACAUGGCUUUCCUCGCUCUUAGCAACCUGGAUGCGGCGGUGUACCAGGUGACGUACCAGCUGAAGAUCCCUUGCACUGCUCUGUGCACUGUCUUCAUGUUGAACCGGACGCUCAGCAAGCUGCAGUGGAUUUCAGUGUUUAUGCUGUGCGGGGGAGUCACACUCGUGCAGUGGAAGCCAGCCCAGGCCACCAAAGUCGUGGUGGAACAGAAUCCACUGUUAGGAUUUGGCGCUAUAGCUAUUGCUGUAUUGUGCUCAGGAUUUGCAGGAGUAUAUUUUGAAAAAGUUUUAAAGAGUUCAGACACUUCCCUUUGGGUGAGAAACAUUCAGAUGUAUCUAUCGGGGAUUGUUGUGACAUUAGUUGGCGUCUACUUGUCAGACGGAGCUGAAAUUAAAGAAAAAGGAUUUUUCUUUGGUUACACAUAUUAUGUCUGGUUUGUCAUCUUGCUUGCCAGCGUUGGAGGCCUCUACACGUCUGUUGUGGUCAAAUACACAGACAAUAUCAUGAAAGGCUUUUCUGCGGCAGCUGCCAUUGUCCUUUCUACCAUUGCUUCAGUGAUGCUGUUCGGAUUACAGAUAACACUCACCUUUGCUCUGGGUACUCUGCUUGUCUGUGUUUCUAUAUAUCUCUAUGGAUUACCCAGACAAGACACUACAUCCAUCCAACAAGGAGAAACGGAUUCAAAAGAGAGAGUCAUCGGUGUGUGA